AUGGCCGGGAGCCCGGCGGACUUACUGCUGCUGCCUCUGAUUCUCCUGCUGCUGGGGACCCCUGCCCAGGUCUCCCGCGACUACCAUUACUUUGGCGAGAAGAGCGGAGGCGACACCUGGGAGGAACUUUGGCUGCAGCAUCAGGAGAAAGACGUGGAGGACUCGAUCCUUGGCCCGUGGGGAAAGUGGCGCUGUUUCUGCGACCUGGGCAAGCAGGAGCGCAGCCGCGAGGUCCUGGGCACAGCGCCGGGCCCGGUGUUCAUGGACCGCGAGAAUCUGGUGCAGGUGCGGCCCUGCAGGCAACAGGAUUGUUCAUCCUGCAAACCAACCGAUUGCGACUGGAGGCCCUGA